UUUUACCAAUAAAUUCUUUUAUGUAGACUGCUGCGUAAUUAUAAAAGCUGAUUCAGAUGCAAAACAUAAGCUCUUAAAUUUUCUGAUUCCAUUCUAAGCUGCAAUCUACAAAACAUGGUAGAAACCGAUGGAAUUUUAGAAAGCUUAUUAUUUGAAUGGGAAAAUUUCAAUUCCAUCGCCUCAAAAUCAGAACCCAGUCAACUAAUAAAGCAGCCAAGGUCGAUGGUGAUGAUCCGAGACUCCCUUCCUCAAUCCAACCUCUCCAUCUUCCCUCCCAUCAACCAUGAAAAUCUCCAUUAUCAAAUUCAACAACAACAACAAAACCCAGUUUCCGAACCAUCUCUGUUACCGCCGUCCGGUUCCGGUGAUGUCAUCCAAUCAUCCGGUGAUCAUGGGUUCGGAGUUUGGUUGGGUACUUUGCUUCAAAUUGUGCGUGCUAAGAUCGUUACCCUCGCCUGUUAUUUCAGUUAUGAAAACGGGACCAUUGGAAGGGCAUUUCGGUCUUUUAGGGGGAUCGCUGACGUGGCGCUCCUGGUGCUAUUAUGGUGGUUGUGCAAGCGGAUACGGCGGCGGAGGUGCGGGGAAGAGAGCAUGGAACGGUUGAAAACAAUAAUAAAAGAGAAAGACGAGGUAAGAAAAUUAUGGGAUUGUUGAACCAGAUUGCCCAAAUGAAUGCAAGGAUGGGUAGCAAGUCGUAAAGCUCAAGUUUUCAAAGCUGACCCAGUGAUCACAUGUGGUUCAAGAUUCACCGAUUUUGAUGGCAAUCCUGGAGGUAAUUUUUAAGACCAAAACAUCACCAUUUCUCUAUUUGGUUGAUAAAUGGGAUUUACUAUUGAUUGCCGUGUAGUUAUAGUGUAUGGAGUAUAUUCUUUCCCCUAAUUUAUGUUUUCCAUAUAUAUGAUUAGUGAGUAUUGUUUUGUUCA